AGAGAGAGAGAGAGAGAGGAGUGAUCUGCCGCGAGGUCCGUUUCGGGAAGGAAGCGUCGAGAACUCGUCGUCCGUGUUCCCAAAAGGCUGGUGUUCCUCUUUGGGAGCCAUGAAAGGGCUUCUCCUCCGAAGGCUUUCUUCCUCUCUGACCCCGAAGAGGGGGUUCUCCGGAUCGGCGGCUGCAGUGGCCGGCGAGAAUGCUGCCGCCGCUGCUGGACUCCCCAAUAUGCCGUCUUUCGACUACACACCGCCGCCGUACGACGGGCCCUCGGCGGCGGAGAUCCUCCGGAAGCGGUCGGAGUUCCUCAGCCCUUCCAUGUUCUGCUUCUACAAGAAGCCCUUGAACAUUGUUGACGGGAAGAUGCAGUACUUGUUUGACGAGGAUGGGCGCCGCUACCUUGAUGCAUUCGGUGGUAUUGCUACCGUUUGCUGUGGACACUGCCACCCUGAAGUUAUUGAAGCCAUAAUUAAUCAGAUGAAGCGGCUGCAACAUUCUACUGUUUUAUAUCUAAACCAUGCGAUUGCGGAUUUUGCUGAGGCAUUAGCUUCAAAGUUGCCUGGGGAUCUUAAGGUUGUGUUUUUCACAAACUCUGGUACUGAAGCAAAUGAGCUGGCAUUAAUGAUUGCUCGGCUUUAUACUGGUUGCCAUGAUAUCAUAUCACUCAGGAAUGCAUACCAUGGAAAUGCUGCUGGGACAAUGGGUGCAACUGCUCAAUGUAACUGGAAAUUCAACGUUAUCCAGAGUGGAGUACACCAUGCACUGAACCCAGAUCAAUACAGAGGAGUUUUUGGUUCGGAUGGAGAAAAAUAUGCGAAGGAUGUUCAAGAAAUCAUAGACUUUGGAACUUCUGGACGAGUUGCAGGUUUCAUUUCGGAAGCGAUUCAAGGAGUAGGUGGGAUAUUGGAAUUGGCACCCGGUUACUUGCCUUCUGUAUAUAAUAGCAUAAAGAAAGCUGGAGGGCUCUGCAUAGCUGAUGAGGUCCAGGCAGGAUUUGCACGUACAGGGAGUCAUUUCUGGGGUUUCGAAGCGCAUGGUGUGGUACCGGACAUAGUAACUAUGGCCAAGGGCAUUGGAAAUGGGAUACCUAUCGGUGCUGUGGUUACAACUCCAGAGAUUGCCCAAGUCUUGACUCGCCGAAGCUACUUUAAUACCUUUGGUGGUAAUCCUGUCUGCACAGCUGGUGGUCAUGCUGUCCUCAAAGUUCUCGAGAAAGAAAAGCUUCAAGAAAAUGCAUUAGUCGUGGGAUCGUACUUGAAAGAUGGACUAAUGGCACUCAAAGAAAAGCAUGAAAUCAUUGGCGAUGUAAGGGGAAGAGGUCUGAUGCUAGGAGUUGAGUUGGUCACUGACCGUCAACAAAAGACUCCAGCCAAAACUGAAAUCUUGCAUGUUAUGGAGACAAUGAAAGACUUGGGUGUGUUAGUUGGAAAGGGUGGCUUCUAUGGCAAUGUUUUUAGAAUAACACCUCCUCUCUGCUUCUCCAAAGAAGAUUCAGAUUUCUUCGUGGAUGCGAUGGACAUUGCAUUAUCGAAGCUAUGAAACCUCUUUCCUGAUCCUGGUGAAGUCCGUAGAAGUGUGUUUUUUAGGGUACUCUAUUUACAUGGGCUGAUCAAUAAGAGUUGUAUUCUCACAGGGAGAUGAUGAUGAGACAUCACCUCGUUGUCUCUCUCUCUCUCUCUCUCUCCCUCCCUCCCUCUCUGAACCCAUGCAUGCAUGCAUGUAACCUUUGCCUCAGGGCAUUGGCUGUGCUAUCUGGAUUUAAGGUUGUAAUUGUUGAUAGCAGCAAAUGUCGUUUAUGACCAUAUCUUUAGCUUCUUAAUGAAUAUGUUAAAGGUAGCUCAUGCA